CAAGACGCUGUGACCCUGAAGACUUUUCUUAGCUCAGACCCUCAUUCUCCCAGAGAGCCUGCAGGAGUACCAGCCAUGCUCGCUGCAACAGUCUCCCUGGUGGCCGCCAUCUGGGCAGAGCUCCAUCUGAAGAGUCUGCUGCUGGCUGCUGUUGCCUUCCUGUUCCUGGCUGACUACCUCAAAAAGCGGCGCCCCAAGAACUACCCGCCAGGGCCGAGGCCCCUGCCUUUCGUGGGCUGCUUGUUUUAUUUGGACCCAAAGCAGCCCCACCUAGCCCUCCAGAAGUUUGUGAAGAAAUAUGGGAAUGUUUUAAGCUGGGAUUUUGCUAAUAUACCCUCAGUGGUUGUAACUGGCAUGCCCUUAAUCAAAGAAGUCUUUACUCAAUUGGAGCCAAAUUUUCUGAAUCGUCCUGUCACUCUUCUCCGAAAACAUCUCUUUAAGAAAAAUGGACUGAUCUUCUCCAGUGGCCAGACAUGGAAGGAGCAAAGAAGGUUCGCCUUGAUGACUCUGAGGAACUUUGGGUUGGGAAAGAAGAGCUUAGAGCAGCGCAUACAGGAGGAGGCCAGCUAUCUUGUGGAGGCCAUAAAAGAAGAGGGAGGACAGCCUUUUGACCCUCACUUCAAUAUCAAUAAUGCAGUUUCCAAUAUCAUUUGCUCUAUCACCUUUGGGGAGCGCUUUGAGUACCAGGAUAGUCGGUUUCAGGAGAUGCUGAGGCUACUGGAUGAGGCCAUGUGUUUGGAGUCAUCACUGAUGUGCCAUCUCUACAAUAUCUUUCCGAGGAUAAUUCAUUAUCUUCCUGGAUCGCACCGAACACUUUUCAGAAACUGGGGAAAGCUGAAAUUGUUUGUUUCUGAUAUAGUUGACAAUCACCGGAGAGACUGGAACCCUGAUGAGCCAAGAGACUUCAUUGACGCUUUCCUCACAGAAAUGACAAAGUACCCAGACAAUACUACAAGUUUCAAUGAAGAAAACCUCAUUACCACCACUCUGGACCUCUUUUUUGCUGGAACAGAGACAACAUCCACGACCCUGCGCUGGGCUCUUCUCUAUAUGGCCCUUUACCCAGAAGUCCAAGAAAAAGUGCAGGCUGAGAUUGACAGAGUGAUUGGCCAUGGGAGGCAGCCAAGCCUGGCUGACCGAGAGUCCAUGCCCUACACCGAUGCUGUCAUCCACGAGGUGCAGAGGAUGGGCAACAUCAUUCCCUUUAAUGUUCCCAGGGAAGGGGCAGUUGCCACCAAGUUGGCUGGAUUUGACCUGCCAAAGGGAAUCAUGGUCCUGACCAACCUAACCGCAUUGCACAGGGACCCCAAAGAGUGGGCCACUCCAGAUGUCUUCAACCCAGAACACUUUCUGGAGAAUGGAGAGUUCAAGAAGAGAGAGGCUUUUCUGCCAUUCUCAAUGGGAAAACGAGCUUGUCUUGGAGAGCAAUUGGCCAGGUCUGAGCUGUUCCUUUUUAUCACUUCCCUUAUCCAAAAAUUUACCUUCAAGCCCCCAGUCAAUGAGAAGCUGAGCCUGCAGUUCAGAAUGUCGGUUACCCUUUCGCCCGUCAGUCACCGCAUCUGUGCAGUUCCUAGGCUGUGAUGUUGAAAAGGAAAGUAUGAAGAAAUGGCAUCUGCUUGGAAGACACUGGUGCCUCCUCACAUCUGAGGGGACAGAAUGAAGGUGACCAGGGAAGUGGGUAUAAUGAGACGAAAGUGAUUGAAUCCAAUUAUGGAUUCAUAAGUGGAAAGCCAUUUAUGAGCUCAAUUACACUCCUCACCUAAGAUUUUGAGAGGAAAAUGAUUCCUCCAGUAAAGAAAAUGCCUGCAGGGAUCAUGAGAAAUGGUGGAUUAAAUUGAUAUAGAAAUCACAAAAAUGAUCAUAAAAGUUAUGCCUUUACUUGCCCCUCUUUUUCUCCUUUCAUUAAUGUACAUUUGCUUCUUGUAGCCUGUGCAGAAGAGAGGGUGUCCAUGUAGGCUCUUCCAAUGGCUAGCUCUGCCUCUGAGUGGGUUUCUUGGAAGUCAGCAGGGCAGGAUAAUUCCCAGCCGGCAGGGGAGGCAAGUGCUGGGGAAGCAGUUUCUAUGACUUACAUAUAGCAGUUGUAUGUAACCUAGGACACAAGACAUGGUGGACUAUAACCAUAGGAAAGUAAAUCCCAGAAGCAGAUUUGAAGACAAAUUGGAAUAAUUUUCUGUUUCUACAGUAACUUCUUGCCUCGAGUCGUCCACUAGACAUUUAUUCCUACAUACAUUCUCACAUAGGACCUGGCUGUGUUAGCUGUGAAUAUCAUUUCCAACUGGGAUUUAACCUUAGGUGGUUCCUAUUAUCAACCAGAAUUUACUCGGCCCCCAGCAGUGGAUUUUUCAACAGGGCAUGAUAAAUGGCAAAAUUCUUCCUGGGUAUGAUCAGUGAGGUGAGUUAAUGAUUAUAAAGUAGGUCUAAUAACAUUGAUAGGAAGGUUUUAAUCUACUUACAACUAAAGCAAGAAAAAUGCUAAUAAAGUAGCUAUCACCCCCAAAUUUUUGGUCCUUAAGAUUCCAGAGAUUCUGGAACAACACAAUAAACUAUUAUAUCAAGGAAGCAUUUGACUGCAAUAGCCUGAGGUUCCCAAGGACAGAAGCAAGGCAGCUCUAGUAGCUCUGCACACUUACUUAUCUUCCCCCGUUCCACACCCAGGCAUCUGUAGCUUACAACAUAAGCCAAAUAUUAACUUAAAGAUUAUUUCUCUUUAGCACUUGAACAAUUCACACUAGCAAGGGAUUUCCUUAGUCUCAUGGGCUACUGUUGCUCUCAAGAUCUAAACCUCAGACCCUGUCUUUUUAUGCACAGUCUUAUUAAAAGAUCUUUAUUGGAGACCUGUCUUUGAGCUUCUCUGUGGAACUUUUACCAAGAAAAAAUCUCCAAGUUUUAGCUAACAUUGCUUUGCUUUCUGGGUGUGAUUUUAAUAUACAUAUGUGCCUUUUUAGUCCAAAUUCACCCUAUUAAAUUUAUAGGGUACAUAUCAUCAUGCCUAUGGAAGAAUAAUGACUCCAUAAUAAAUUGAUAUAUCAUUUUCUGUU